UUUCCCGUCAAGCGCAAGAAGAAGACGACAACGCCGAAGAAGAGGACGCAACUGCUGCUGUGCAGUCGCGGGUCUCGCCAGUUGCCUCUGUUGCCUUGCGGCGUUCGUGCUUCGCUCGGCAUGGCGUACCAGUUGUAUAGGAACACCACGUUGGGAAACAGUUUGCAGGAGAGCCUGGACGAGCUCAUUCAGACGCAGCAGAUCACGCCCCAGUUGGCCCUGCAGGUUCUUCUCCAGUUUGACAAAGCCAUCAACACGGCGCUGGCCAACCGCGUUCGCAACCGCGUCAACUUCAAGGGUUCGCUGAACACGUAUCGCUUUUGCGACAACGUGUGGACCUUUGUGUUGAACGACGUGGAGUUUCGAGAAGUCACCGACCUGGUCAAGGUGGACAAAGUCAAGAUUGUGGCGUGCGACGGAAAGAAUUCUGGCUCCAAUGCCGCGGAGUGAGCGCGAGCCUUCUGCCGAGAGCCUCGCCUCAAGUGUACAUAUGCGUGUCAUUUAUGUGUGCAAGGCAACUUGCAGCAUUUUCUUUUAGUCUUGUUUUCUACUUUGAUGAAACUUGAAUAAAAAAGAAAAAGUCAA